CGAACAAAUUACGUGGCCAGAGCCGGUUACGCAGAUCGCCGUGAAGGUGUGGGUAUUUAGUUUACCCAUACCUUCACAAUCUACCUUUAACAAGUAGGUUAUUCCUGUUUUGCAACUUUAUUGAUGACGAACCCAUUCAAACAUAUGCACGACAGGCAGUCAAUUUAUGGUGAAACAUGUGGACACGUUUUUAAACUGCAUAUCUUUGGAGUUCCAUAUGAAGCAUGGUUUGGAGAUGUGGGCACAGACAUCAUUACUAUCUGUAAAGAAAGCCUUGUCCUCACAGAUAUACUCUAUUCCUCCUGCCACUGUUGGCGCGCUUUCAAUCGUAGUAAAAGCGUUUGGGUGAGAAUCAGAGAGGCGGGGCUAUCUGCCUUGUCCCUCCGUGGAUACCGUAGUGAAUGCAUGGCCCGCGGGGAUCAUGUUGAAGGUGACAGGUAGUGCCAUGCCGGGAGCCCUGCGAUUUUCACCGUUCACCGUGUUUGCUGCUGCGGGUGACGGCGAGAAGGAACCAGCGGUGGCUCCGUUAAACGUGCACGAACUGUCUCUGUACACCGCUCCCCCGGAGAAGUUUCAGUAUGUGGAGCCUAAAGCGGGGCAGCUGGAGGAGCGAGUCGCCACCCUCAGGAAGUUAGCGGAGCCGUACACUGCUUGGUGUCAGGUCACCUAUGAGAAAAUUAAACCAAAAGUUCAGGGGGUCUUCCAGUUUGGGAACGACGCAUACGCCUAUGUGAAGAACCCCCCGAAGGACUUCUACCCCCGGGCGGGAGUCAUCGGCUUUACCGGAGUCCUUGGGCUGGUUCUUGCCAGAGGCUCCAGGAUUAAGAAACUCAUCUAUCCGACCACUCUCAUGACCCUGAGCGCCUCUCUCUACUACCCGGAGCAAGCAGCGUCCAUCGCAAAGUCAACCGGAGACUCCGUGUACGACUUGGCCGUGCAGAGCUACGCAGCGGCGGAGAAGAUCCUAAACCCCCAGAGCAAAGCUGAGAAGGUCAAUAAACCCGAAAAGAGCAGCGACUCCGAGACCAAACAGUGACGACCCCGGCGUGACUGCAAUAACCGAGCAGUAGCCAAUCACACAGGAGCUUUAUCCCGAUACUGUAAACUGAGCGCUUUCUAGACAGCGUGACUUUUUCAUGCCUACACUUUGCACUAAGCUUCACAUGAAACUCAGGCCGGGCAAAGGGAAGGGGGGAUUUGCAACUUGAAUGACUUCCUUCUGAUUUGAAUGUGUAUUUAUGUAGAGAUAAAGCAGUGUCUUACAUUAAAGUUGUUUUACCGCCUUGA